AUAUCAACAAAAAUCCUGAUCAGAGACAACAUCAUGUUCAGCUUUUUGGCCGUCUCUCUGUUUCUUCUCCAUCCUGGAUGUAGGUGAUAUUUGUCCUUUAAAUUAUUCAUUUCUUUAAGUAGUUUAUGGAAGUAGUUUUAGUACUUUAUUAAAGAUAUAUAUGUGUAUUUUUGUAAAGGUAGUUAGAAAUGAUGGACCACUUUUCUCAGUGACUUGAUUAUUUCAUGCUUGCAGUUAUAUUAUUUUUGAUAAGCUCUAAGUGGUUCUUCAGUUGUGACUAUACUCUAUGAUGAAUCCAGACCAGCUUGCUGAACAGAUUUCUUAACUGUUCCCUCUUAACUGUCUUUUACUCCAGCUGCACUGAUCUCAGAGACCAAAGUUCAACUGGGCGAACCCGGGACCUUAACGUGCCUCUUGCCUAAUUUAGAGUACAGCAACAUACGAAUAAAGUGGUACAAACAGAGCCUUGGUGACACCCUGGUGUUAAUCACCACUCUGAUGAAAGCCACAGCGAGCCCUACAUUUGAAAAAGGAUUUUCUUCAUCGCGCUUCCACGCGAACUAUACUUCAACCAUGAGCACUCUGACGAUUUUAAAGACAGUCCCAGAGGAUGAGGCUGUGUAUCACUGUGCCAUCACCACCUGGACUGAGGAUCAUUGGAGCGGCGUGUAUUUGACUUUUGAAGGUAAAGCACGUCUCUUUGUUUCUAGUAGAAACAGCAAUCUGUUUUGGUGUCACGGUACUUUUUAAGUUUCAACAUCUAUUUGAAAUUUUCAUUUAGAUGCUCGAUCUCUGCUCUGUCCACCACACACCUCAGAUAACUUUACCCUUUACUAUGAUGAAUGUGCUGCUUUUGAGACUGUUGACUCAACAAAUUAUGGUUAAAUAAGCACAGUGGUCUGUCUGGAUAUGUGUUAAAAUGGUUUACCUCAGAUCUUAGUGAAAGAAAGUCUUUCUUAUCCACAAAUGAUCACCCCUCCUUAUACUGUCUAUGAAGUAACCUGUGGGGUACCACAAGGAUCAGUUUUAGGACCGUUACUUUUUCAUUUGUAUAGACAGGUUUCUGUGCAUCAUCAUCAUCAUGUGCACGCAGCCAGGGUGCAGAGAACGGGACAUUUCUUAUUUGUUCACUAGUGGAGUCAACAGAGAAAGAAAAUGAUGAGGAGCUGUUGCGCUGUAAACUGCACGAAUCGGCAAAACAAACAAUCGGCAAACAUUACGACCCUGCUCCUGAUAUUAGAAACAUCUAAAACAACAUCAAAACCUGCUAAAUUGAGUGAAAUUCAUGGACAUUUCAGCAAAUCUUUUUCUGAUUUUGAUGCAAUAAAAGACAAAGCGAUCUUUCAAUGAAAUGACAUUUUCCUGCAAUUGUGUCAGGAAGAACUUGCAAACAAUACAGCAUCUUCAUUGAUAUUAGUUCACUCCGAAGUAGGCUUUUGCCCCAUGGUUGUGCAUGCACUGACUAUUGUUUGUACACAAGAAACCCGUCUAUAUGGUACCCACUGGGCUGUGUCCUCAGCAGACAUAGUGUCUGUGUCCACAGCUAUGCUGAUGACACUCAGAUCUACAUGGCUGUGACUCCUGCUGCUAUUGGGCCUGGAUGUCACAAAACUUUUUACAGCUCAACCAGGACAAAACAGAAGUACUGAUCAUCGGUUCAAAGGCUUAUGAAAAGUGCUUGAUUAAUUGAUUGAUACUAUCCUUGGUAUUUCCAGGAAACAGUCAGAGGACAUCAAAUUUCACAGUUGUUCAGUGGCCGACAGUUUCUCAUCAAGAGCACCUGAGAAACUCAAUGAGUCUCCAGUGUUCCCUUCUCCCUGACCCCAAGAAGACUUUGUGUCCAAGUGAACACAGUGUGCGUUUGUUUGGAGUCAGAUCAAAUCCAAACAUCAUCUACACUGAUGAAAACAAACAGGAUGAAUGUGACAAGAUGUCUGAUGUGCUCUCAGCUCCAAAGAGCUGCAUUUAUCGCUUCUCUGAGGACGUCGGCUCCUCCGAUACUGGAACUUAUUACUGUGCUGUGGCCACAUGUGGGGAGAUUUUAUCAGGAAAUGGAACAAAUCAGGACAUCAAAGGUAACCAUAGCAACAAAUGAUCCAUCUUCAUCUCCUGCAACCAACAGUAUUAAUAUUAUAAUCAAAAGUUAUGAGGAUAAUGUUCAUCAACAGCUUUUUUUUUUUCAUGAUGAGAUCCUGUCCUGAUACUACGCAAGUAAAACGCCUCUUUACAGAUAAAGAUACUUAAUUCAAACAUGAUGCCAGUUUUUAAUAGGCUAGUAAAAAAAAAAAAAAAGAUUCAAUUCUUUCCAACAUAUUUGAUGAAUUUUGUCUUUUUUUAUGAGAAAAGAAAACAAAGUAACUAUAACAAAAUGAUUGACAGAAUAGAUACAAAAACAACAAAGUUGCACAGAAGGUUACAGGAAGUUGCCCACAGUACAAAAUAUUGACAAACUACAAAUCAGAAUCAGGAGUCUUUUUAAAUAAUAACAGUAAAGUCAGGUCUAAGGGAGUCUAAAGUAGUCCAGAUAAGACUGCCAGACUUUGUGAAACUGAUCUGUUUUUGCGUGUAUCAUACUUCAGCCACAGGUUCAGGUGCGCACCGAUCUCUUCAUUUCAAGUCUCCUAAUAUCUUUCCAUGUUUACCACAUCCUAGAUGAGCCAAAGUGACUCAAGUAUAGAUCAAACUUCAGUGUAAUCUCAUAGUAGGUUUAAAUCUGUAAAUUAACACUGACUCACACUUACAUCUGUGUUCUGUCUGUUUGAGCUUUCACUGAUUUUGUUUCUCGUCAUGAUCCAGGACCCACCUCCUCACCUUUCAUUUUAAAGGAGGUCACUUUGACUCUGCUCCUGCUUUGUGGCGUCUCGGUUAUUUGUGUGGUUAUAAUGGUCCUCCUUCUCUGUGGCAUCAACAAAGGCAAAUGUGAUUACUGCAGUGAUAAAGGUAAGAACGGUUACCUCAGUACGUCCAACACUAUGUAGCUAACAUUUACAUUGAUAGUAUCAAACAUUUCUUUUGGUUUUAACUCUUACAUCUUCUUCUACUGCAUAUUUCUCAAUCAGUCAUGUUUGCUUUUGUAGCUGCUGUUUCCCUGCAAGAAAAUGCUGAAAAUUAUUCACAGGUAUGACCUCCUGGUUUACAUAGCUAUGAGACACUUUACCAGUAUUUCAUACUGCUAACAAUUUCUGUACACUUCAGCAGAGAGAUGGAGACACAUGGAUUUACUCAACUGUCAUCUUUACCAUGAAGAAAACCAGCGGUGGUGGAAUGAGAUGAGAAAUCAGAGGGAGGAUCUAUACUGCUGUCAAGGCUUUUUAGUUUGAUUAGCUUAUCAAAUCAAGCGCUUGACAUCCACGACUAACAAACUGUUUUGUAAUCGCUAUUGCUUCUCCAAUUAAAUGAAAAGUUGGCAAUGUAUGUGGAUAGGACAGAGCUGUAUCCUUUGAUUUAAUUUAAAGGUUCAGUGUGUAGUUUUUAGUGAUGCUAGGCUGUAUAGACGUAGUAGAAAUGGAGGAUAGUAGGCACAAGUAUCAAACCUCUGUGCAAUCAAACCUGCAUUGACCAUAUUCACUCAAUCUCAACAAUUGUUAGAACAAGGAUGUCAGACAAUAAAUCUACUUUUCUAUGUUU